GCCUAUUCUUUCUCCUGACGUCCUUCCUUGAUGCCAGUGUCACACGCUGCUGGGGAUGAACAUUUUACAGCGACUGUACAGUUUUUAUGUUUGGGAACAUUGACAUUCCAUGCCUCUUCGAAAAGGAUAUUGUUCAGUGGUCUUUGUUGGGCCGGGAGUGUGCUCGAGUUACGCGUAAUAGAUUGUAUUUCGCAUUGUAGGCUAUCCGCUGUUGUGUAUUUAUUAAUAUUUUGUUUUCCUGGAAAUGUACACAGAUGACUCUUUGAAGGGGACGCUGUGUCCGUGGGAGUGGUUUAUUUUCUCUGGACAAGCCAGACUCAUUGGGGAAAAAAUGAGGAUGUUUUUCCCUGUUUGAUGCUGCGGUAGCGAUUUUUUUCUUUUCCUCUUCUGUUCUGCUUUUGUUGUCUUUCUCUCUGUCUCGUGGUCUACAAUCGUUGACGGCGUAUUCUUGAAAAUUCAACAUACAUUUCUGUAAAACAGACACUGUACGGAGUGUUGGAUGGAACAUUUUCGUUUAGCUAAGUAACGUUACAACAUGAUCUAUUGUUCCGGCUAGACAAACCUCCAAAGACAUGAACAUCAUAUAGGUUUUUAUUUAUUUAUUUAUUUUAUCUUUGUUCACAUCUCAUCCACAUUGCGUAGCCUAUAAAAUCAAGUAAACUUGACCAAAAAUGAGGAUUGUAUAAGGAAAACUGUAUUGGUGGUCGGAGAGGGCAGCGAUAGCCUCGCGAUACUGGCUCGGCUACGGACUGCUUCUCCUGUCUGUGCUGAUUCAAUUAGCAACUGUACACGGACCGCUGAAAUAAACCCAGUAUUGCUGUAAGCUGAAGCUUCAGGGACGAUGUCCUCACGCGCAGCGCUGCAGCCUGGGAACGAAAGGAAUGCAGACCACCAUGCCUCUCUCUCUGCCAGUCGUUCAGAGAAGGGCUCGGGAUGGUCGAGUCGCUCACUCGGAGCCCGUUGCCGAAAUUCCAUCGCCUCCUGCUCGGACGAACUGCCACACAUCGGCAACUACCGGCUGCUCAAGACCAUCGGCAAGGGCAAUUUCGCCAAAGUCAAGUUGGCACGCCAUAUUUUGACCGGCAAGGAGGUUGCAAUAAAAAUCAUUGACAAAACCCAACUCAACCCUACAAGCCUUCAGAAGCUCUUUCGAGAGGUACGGAUCAUGAAGGGCCUCAACCACCCAAACAUAGUUCAGCUCUUUGAAGUGAUUGAGACAGAAAAGACGCUCUAUCUUGUGAUGGAAUACGCCAGUGGAGGUGAAGUAUUUGACUACCUCGUAUCCCAUGGGAGAAUGAAGGAAAAGGAGGCACGUGCUAAAUUCCGGCAGAUUGUGUCUGCGGUUCAUUACUGUCAUCAGAAGAAUAUUGUUCACAGGGACUUGAAGGCGGAAAACCUCCUGCUUGACGCAGACUCCAACAUCAAGAUUGCUGACUUUGGCUUCAGUAAUGAAUUUACGCUGGGCAGUAAACUGGACACUUUCUGCGGCAGCCCCCCCUACGCCGCCCCAGAGCUCUUUCAGGGGAAGAAGUAUGACGGGCCAGAGGUGGACAUUUGGAGUCUGGGGGUUAUUCUAUAUACGCUGGUCAGCGGAUCACUGCCCUUUGAUGGACAGAACCUCAAGGAGCUGCGUGAGCGUGUGUUGAGGGGGAAAUACCGGGUGCCAUUCUACAUGUCUACUGACUGUGAGGGGAUCCUGCGCCGGUUUCUUGUGCUCAACCCCACCAAGCGCUGCACCCUGGAGCAAAUAAUGAAGGAUAAGUGGAUGAAUGUCGGUUAUGAAAGCGAUGAGCUGAAGCCUCAUAUAGAGCCGGUGGAGGAUUAUAGUGACACCAGCCGUAUAGAUGUAAUGGUAGGGAUGGGUUACUCCCGUGAUGAAAUCAAAGAUGCCCUGACCACACAGAAGUACAAUGAGAUAUUUGCCACCUAUCUGCUGCUAAGUCGCAAGAAUGAGGAAGGUAUGGAGUCCCGGUCAAGCAGCAAUUUGUCUCUAGCACGGGUGAGGCCCAGUCCCAUCACGAAUGGCACCAGCAAACACACCUCCAGCUCCACCUCUGCCUCCAGUCACUCUAAACCCCAGCGCAGUGCCUCCACCUACCACCGCCAGAGGAGGCACAGUGACUUCUGUGGGCCAUCGGUGCCAGUAACCCAUCCCAAGCGCAGCCCCACCAGUACAGGCGAGGGGGAUCUGAAAGAGGAACGUCUGCCCUCACGGAAGACCAGCUGCAGUGUGGUGGGCAGUCGUAGCAUCCCCCCGUCGAGCCCAAUGGUCAGCACAGCCAACAACCCCAACAAGGCCGAGAUCCCUGACCGCCGCAAGGACAUCAACGCAACAACGAACAACAUCCCUGCCAGUGCCAUGACCCGUAGGAACACUUAUGUAUGUACGGACCGUACCAGCACUGACAGACACACCUUGCUACAGAAUGGGAAAGAGAACAGGCCGCUGAAAAACUCCUUGUCACAUCGAUUACCUCCAGCCUCCCCAUCCACUCACAGUAUCUCCGGGGCCGGGGCCUCUGGCUCCACAUCUUCAGAACGUUCUCGGCUCACGAGGGGAUCCACCAUCCGCAGCACCUUCCAUGGUGGCCAGCUAAGGGACCACCGGCCUCCCACCCACGCACCCCCCACCUCACCCACCCUCUCCCAUGAAGCCAGCCCUCUGCCACACUCCCGUAGCCGUGCCACCACAAACUUGUUCUCUAAGCUGACCUCAAAACUUACCCGCAGGGUCAAUCUUGACCCCUCUAAGCGCCAGAGCUCAAACAAGUCAGUCUCGGGCUGCACUCUGCCACAGGGAUCAAAAACAGUUAGGUCACAGACGAACCUGAGAGAGUCAGCAGAUCUCCGGUCACAAGAAAACAAGCAAGCAACUCAAACAGAAGACAGACAGAAAAUAGCUACAGAUACAGCUACAAAAAGUCAGGCUAAAAAACACAGUCGCUAUCUAUCUGGGUAUCAAAAAGCGGCAGAGCCCCGGACCCCCCGAUGCGGCUGGGAUGUGAGGGUUCGGAGCCCGCGGGACCCGGCCGAGGUGGUUCUGGCUCUGCGGGAGGCGGCGCAGGGCUGCGGUUGCCAGGUCCACCAGGCCGGGCCCUUCCUCCUCUCCUGCACCCAUGGAGCCGCCGGCUCCCGCGUUGCCUUCGAAGCCGAGGUUUGCCAGCUGCCCAACGGCCCCGCCGAGACCAGCGGUGUUCGAUUUAAGCGCCUGUGGGGGGCACCACUUGCCUUUCGGGACAUUGCCACCAAAGUGUCCAAAGAACUCGAACUCUGAGGGCAACAGGGGGUGGAGGGCAGGGACAAAAGCAUGGGACAGAAAGAUGGGAAGAGUGGAAGUAGCCCUGCCCACACCCCCGCCCCCUCUAAGCCUACAAAGACUGGCACACACACAUUGAGAAAUGGGCACCUGCUUACACAAAAGCCCUGCUGAAGGAACUCCCUUUUACCGGGUCUGUUUUACCGCUGAUUUUACCUGGUAUCUUAGCCAUGUUAUUUUUUUAACACGGAUUGUUUGCUGCAUAUUCACUCUCUACAUUGUCAUUCCUUUUUAACUGCUGCUAUUUAACUCUUUUUUUUUUAUAUAUUUUCUUCUGCUGCGCCAGUGAGAAGAGUAUGUUUUGUUUUAUCCUCGUUUCAAUAACCAUAUUCACAGAAAACACAUGUGAAUGCCACACCAUUUCUAACCGUAGACAACAUGCGGAGACAUGCAAGUGAUAGCAAUUUCUCCUGAUUUUUAAAUGAUCUUUCCUUGUUGGUUGUUUUAGCCAUCGAACUUGCCAGUGAUGCAGGUUGAGUAGGUGAUGUCUGCUUUCCUGAGCCUCCUUGUUAUUAGAUUCGUCAUAUUACAUGGUCACACCGUAGCACUUUAGGGCUGAGUGAGCAACAUCAUCUGUUUUAAAGCAGUUCCCCCUUCAAAUGGUGCAAUUUACCCCACUGAGCCAAGUAGAGAUACAGUGCUCUUUGUGUUGCUCUUGUAUGUGUAUUACGCUGAUGAGAAACCUCUGUUAUCUUGCCAGAAGUGCUGAAUGGCUACAAACAGACUGUUGAUUUUGUUUAUCUCUGAUUUGAUUUAGUAAGUCCUCAUCGUCAAGAUUGGAAUAUGUCAGAGCUGUGCAAUGUGAGGAAAUGCAAGAAUGAUUAAUACAACAUUUGUCUGAAAUUCA